AUGAAUCCGAACAUGUACGGAGCGCCAACGCAGCAGCAACAAUAUACACCAGGCUGGCCACCAGCUACACAACAGCCGAUGCAACCAAGUGAUGCACCACCACAGCUGGGCCCACCAGGCACUAGUUAUCCACCCAACAGUAUGCCACCAACAUCAGCAGCAUCCACACCUGCUGGGCCACUUGGUGCGUUACCACCACAGCAAAACUACGGGCAAGGACAACAACCAGGGUUACUCAACGGCAACUACCAACAACAGUUAACUAAUUCAAUGAGCGGUUUAUCCAUGAAUGCAGCGAAGCAGCCAACACCCGUACCUCCCCAAAUCAAUACUCCAUAUGCGAACGCUAACAUAGCAAAUGCUCCAUUCCCCACAACAAACCCUCAAGCCGGCGGUCCAGAUGCUCCACCUUUAUCAAAUGGGCCACCCACUAACGCGCAGUCCCAACCACAACAGCAAGUAUCGAACGCUAACAAUAACUUUAUUUCGGGUCCAUAUACAAACGGACAGCCAACUAAACAACCGCAGACGCAACCACCACAGGCACCCAAUUCCAUGUAUCCACCGCUGCCAAAUACUUCAACGCCGCCAAUGCAGUCCGUACCGGGAGGACCCAAUCAGAUGACAGUAAACAGCGCAAACAUACCCGGCUUGCCACAUAUGCCUCCCAAACCGAGUGGUAUGCCAUUACCAGGGCAACCACCAGUUGCAGCAACACCACCAACUUCUAUACCUGGUAGCAUGCCACAGUAUCAACAACCCGGCGCACAACAAAUGCCACCACGGCCCGGUCAAAUUCCACCACAACCCAUGUCGCAGCCGCUUGGACCACCGGGCCAACAACAACAAACAAUGUUGCCAGGUCAUCCUGGUAUGCCGCCUACAUCCGCAGCAGCAACAAUGCCACCACAGCCGGCCAUGCCGCCAAUGCCAGGCUAUCCACCACAACCGCAACAGCAAGGAUAUCCACCACAUCCACAAAUGCAGCCAAACCAACAACAACAACCUGGUUUUCCUCCGCAACCACAGCACCCUGGAUAUCCAUCACAAGCCGCUCAGCCUGGCUAUCCGCCACAAGCCGGUUAUCCGCCUCAACAACCACAACAACCUGGUUACCCCGGUCAAAUGAUGCCCCCAACACAACCUGGGCAACCACCAAUGCCCGGUCGUCCCGGCUAUAACCAACCACCAGCCCCAGGCGGUAUGUACCAACAGGCACAACAGUAUCCACAGGCCCAACGCCGUCUCGACCCCGAUCAGAUGCCAAACCCAAUUAGUGUUAUUAUCGAAAAUCAACGUAAUGCUGGUGGCGCUUUUGUCACCAAUCAGCCAGGUCUGCUGCCACCAUUGGUAACCACCAAAUAUGUUGUGCAGGAUCAAGGAAACUCAUCGCCACGUUAUGUCAGAUCCUCUUUGUAUUGCAUACCAGCAACCGCUGAUUUGUUGAAGACAACUGCUUUGCCCCUAACCCUAAUCGUUUCACCAAUGGCCCGUACCGUUGAGGGUGAAUAUGAGCCGCCAAUUGUGAACUUUGGUGAAUUGGGACCCAUUAGGUGUAAUCGUUGCAAGGCAUAUAUGUCCCCAAACAUGCAAUUCGUGGAUGCCGGUCGACGUUUUCAAUGUCUGAUGUGCAAAGUAACCACGGAAGUGCCAACUGAAUACUUCCAACAUUUGGACCACACUGGUCAACGUGUCGACAAAUAUGAGCGUCCCGAAUUGGUAUUGGGCACAUAUGAGUUUUUGGCUACCAAGGACUAUUGUCGCAAUAAUACACCCCCUGAGAUACCAGCAUUUAUAUUCGUACUUGACGUUUCUUACAAUACCAUCAAAUCGGGUUUGGUACAUCUACUGUGCUCUCAAAUGAAGCAGGUAUUGAAGCAUCUGCCUGUGGAUCAGGGCCAGGACAAAUCGAAAAUGCGUGUUGGUUUUAUAACCUACAAUAGUACUGUGCAUUUCUAUAAUAUAAAAAGUAGUUUGGCACAACCGCAAAUGAUGGUCGUCGGCGAUGUGCAGGACAUGUUUAUGCCGCUGCUCGAUGGCUUCCUCUGUCAUCCCGAAGAAUCGGAGGCUUUGAUUGACGCCUUGAUGGAACAAAUACCGAAAAUGUUUGUGGAUACAAAGGAGACGGAGACCGUGCUCUAUCCAGCCAUACAAGCUGGUCUCGAAGCACUAAAAGCUUCCAAUUGUGCUGGCAAAUUGUUGAUAUUCAACUCCACAUUACCAAUUGCUGAAGGACGUGGUAAAUUGAAGAAUCGUGAUGAUCGUAAAUUGCUCGGUACUGAGAAAGAGAAAACAGUGCUCACACCACAAUGUGUUUCCUACAACACAUUGGGACAUGAUUGUGUACAGAAUGGUGUAUCGGUCGAUUUAUUCUUGUUUAAUAAUUCGUACAUAGACAUUGCAACUCUGGGGCAGGUAUCGCGCCUAAGUGGCGGUGAAGUCUACAAAUAUACAUACUUCCAAGCUGACCUCGAUGGUAAUCGCUUGAUUGAGGACAUCAUUAAGAACGUAUCGCGGCCAAUUGCUUUCGAUGCGGUGAUGCGCGUGCGCACUUCGGCCGGCAUACGCCCAACCGAUUUCUACGGUCACUUCUUCAUGACGAACACAACCGAUGUGGAACUGGCUAGCAUAGACUGCAAUAAGUCCGUUGCUAUUGAAAUUAAGCACGACGACAAGUUGCCACCUGAGGAAAAUAUAUACUUACAAAUCGCCCUACUCUACACAUCGGUUAGCGGUCAACGACGUUUACGUGUUUUGAAUUUGGCACUUCGUGCCACAACAACCAUCGCAGAUGUUUUCAAAUGCUGCGACUUGGAUGCCAUGAUGUUGUUCUUUGCCAAACAGGCUUGCGCCAAAUUGCUGGAGCACACGCCGAAACAGGUCAAGGACAAUCUAAUAAAUCGUUCGGCACAGAUAUUGGCAUGCUAUCGCAAGCAUUGCACUUCGCCAACAUCGGCUGGCCAACUUAUACUGCCCGAGUGUCUGAAAUUGUUGCCGCUCUAUGUUUCGUGUUUGCUGAAAAACGACGCCAUCUCUGGCGGUUCCGAUAUGACACUGGACGAUCGCUCGUACGUUAUGCAAUUCGUGCAGACCAUGGAUUUGAAUAUGUCUGUCAGCUAUUUGUAUCCACGUUUCAUUCCAAUACACAAUGUCGAUGUUGAUGACAACGAAUUGCCCAUGUCCAUACGUUGUACGCACGAAAAGAUGAGCGAAGACGGCGCCUACAUACUCGAGAACGGUGUGCACCUGUUCGUCUGGUUGGGUCAAUCGUUGCCGCAAACCUUCAUCCAGCCACUGUUCGGUGUGCAGUGUACACAACAGGUGAAUGCUGAACGAUUUGCCAUUAUUGGCGAAACACCGUUGGCGGAACGCGUGCGCAAUAUUAUCGAUACGAUCAUGAGGGAACGCACCAGAAAUAUGCGGGUAACGUGCGUGCGACAAAACGACAAACUGGAAUCAGUUUUCCGUCAUUUCCUGAUCGAGGAUCGCGGCACAGAUGGUUCGGCCAGCUAUGUGGACUUCUUGUGUCAUAUGCAUAAGGAGAUUAAGGAUUUGUUAAGUUAGCUUGUGGGUUGUGGUAAAAAUAGCAGCUGCAACAUGUCGCAAAGUGGGAAUGCUGACAGACAAACAAACACAAUGUAUAACACAACCAGCCAGCUAAUGUGCCGUAGCUAUUCCCAGAAUCGUGCACGGUUGCAUCGGCUCUCACGUAAACGUUGGUAGUUGAUUGUGUAUGAAUACUCGUACACAUACAUACAUACAAACAAACAAUUAUACUUGAACGCAUAC